UUCAGAGCCCCAGAGCAAAAGGAACCGCUUGAUCAUCAGUCACAGGACAAGCACAUACACACCCACAUACACACACACCCACAUUUUCAUAAAAAGCCCAAAGUACCCUGUUGUUUUCUUAGAGCUCUCAGUUCGUGGUCCCAGUCAGCAUCAUCGGAGGAUCGGUUUUCAGUUUUUCCUUUUAGCAGAAGCAAAAAGCCUCGGAGUGAGGGAACGCGGGGAAGGAUGUGUCCAGCAGGAUGGUCGCUAACGCUAGUGCUGAUUCGCCUCGUUGGCUCAGCUACCUCCUCUCCCAUAACUCCUUCUGCCUCACAUCUACCAUCACAGAUGUCGCCCCGCUCUCCUUCACCAACUGGCCUCCCGCCCCUGACCUCCUCUAGCAGCUCCAUGGAGCGGACGACCACGGCCAGCUGCCGUCUACGGAUUUCGCCUUCAACUCUUGUGGUCAGGUUUGGAGAUCCAGCCACGGCUAACUGCUCGAAAGUAAACCCUGGGUAUUCUAUGAUAGGCUGGGUAAAUCUACCGAGAGAAACGCAAGAACCUUCAGUUCACACAAUGGAAAGUUUUCUGGUGUGGAGUGUGGACAGCUUUACUGAAUGGACUCUCAGCCCUAUAUGUUAUGCAACGUCUGAUGAGGGAGGGCAGUGCAGCAGUUCUCUCUCUGUAAUAGUCUACCAGCCACCAAAAACAGUCUCCAUCUGGUUUUUGAAUCAAAGCGGCCCGAUGUACGAGAGACGACAGUACGUUCUGCAGUGCACAGUUGAGGACGUCGCGCCCGUGGAAAACCUGGUGGUGACCUUCUACAAGGGACAAACGGCGCUGGCUGAGCUCCGCUCCAACAGGACCGCAGAGAAGACUCCAGUGAAAGAGAGCUUCAGUCUGCUCGUCGCUCCCUGCAGAGGGGACAAUGGACACCAGUACUGGUGUGAGGCGAAGCUGGAACUGGGGCCUUCAGGACCACAGCAGCCUCCAGCAGAGAGGUCACAGAACAUCACCGCGACGGUCCUCUGGGAUCCAGAACAUAUUCAUCAAUCCAAGCUGCACAUGGAGGAAAAACCUCUGGACUGUGAAGUUCAAAACCAGACACUAGGAGGAAACGGAACUACAAACAGAUGUCGAGGAUGCUUCUUAUUGAUCGCUCUUCUUGCUCAUUUGAUUAAGUGACUGUGAAACCUGAGGGAACACACCAAUUCCCGACUUGGACUGGUCCAGAUGUGGGAAACACAUCCCAGAACCUGAGUGUCUUCAAUGUAAAAAAUUAUUUUUUAAAAAUUGUGUCUUUUCCCCUUAUAUGUUGAUUAUGAAGACCUCAAACACCAGGGCAAGUCCCAAUAAAAGCAAAAUCUACUCUAAAGAGCCACUGCUAAGGUACAUGUUCUGAUAGCAGAUCAACUCUUGCUCAAAAUGUUAAAGCCCAUUUUUAUGAAUGCUGCUUUGAAGAAAAUGUUUAUUUAAUUUAGUGAAUUCUACGUUUUGUUGGAUGUUUGUUUUGUUUAAUUCAUAUCCAGUGUACAUAUUUUUUAGUCUACAUUCAAAUGUAAAAUCUGCCUUCAGGAUCAACUAUUCAUGUUAAUUGAGGCAUGCUUCUUUUAAUCUAAGCAUCGGUUAAAUGUUGUGAUGUCGUAAUGUCAAGUUCAUUUAGGAUAUUUGGAGUGUUUGUAAAAUACAGAAAUGUUUGUCUCAACUGAC